GCUAUUAAUAAUAAAACAGAUCAUAUGACUGCCGUGGAUUGAUAGCAGCUGUGUCACUCAAUCGCAGAGCUCAGUGUGGGAUUUCUGUGAGAUCAGAAGAAGCAGAUUGAAGAGGAAUUCCUUUUGGUUGCUCGCUUUUGCUUGGAAACUUGGAUAUCAGGUAAAAUGGCGGAGAAAGUUUUAAAGAGUUUCCUGACUUGCCAAGUGUGUUGUGAGACUUUCAAAGAUCCCGUGUCUCUGGGCUGUUACCACAACUUCUGUCACGGCUGUCUUGAAAGCUUCUGGGAGCAAGCUAAAAACAAAAACUGUCCUACUUGUAAGAGAAAGGAUUCAAAGGAUACUCUCUUAAUUAACUUUGGACUACAGGAAUUAGUGGACAGCUAUGCUGGAAGACAGAGAGCUGAUCCACCCGAGUCUAGGGCAGUGUGUAGAACUCACACACAGGAUCUUAAAUGGUGUGAGGAGGAGCAUAGAGUUGUGUGUCCGGUCUGUGACCAGCAGGUCCAUGGUCUCACACUGGUUCCUCUAGAAGAUGAGAUGCAUAAUGUCAAGGUGCAGCUGAAACCUCAGCUAGAGUCGCUGAAGAAGAAAAUGAAUGAAUACAAAGAGAUUUAUGACACAUAUGGUAACAUGGGCCAACACUGCAAGAAACAACUGGGAGAGACAGAGAGACAGAUUAAGGCAGAGUUUGACCAGCUUCACAAGUUCCUAAUUCAGGAGGAGGAGGACCGAAUGGCAGCCCUGAGGGAGGAAGAGAAACAGAAAAGGGAGACAAUCAUCCUGGAGCAGGAGAACAUUCAAGCACAGAUGUCCCUUCUCUCAGAGGUAAUCUCCGCUGUGGAACAGGACCUGCCGCUGAAAGACAACGCAGCGUUUCUCACUUCCCCCAGGGACCUCUGGUCAGGGUCUGGUCCACAUCCGCUUCGUGGAGGUCUGGUAGACGUGGCCAAACACCUGGGAAACCUGUCCUUCAGAGUGUGGGAGAAGAUGAGGGAGAAAAUCCAGUUCACACCGGUUAUCCUCGAUCCAAACACCGCAUCAACAUGUCUUGUUAUCUCAGAGGAUCUGACCAGUGCGAGAUAUAAGGUUGGACCGCGGCAGGAGCACCCUGACAACCCAGAAAGGUUCAGGGUGUAUUCCAAUGUUCUGGGUUCAGAGGGCUUCACCUCAGGGGAACACAGCUGGGAGGUGGAGGUGGGAGACCAUCCCGACUGGCUGAUAGGGGUCGCUAAAGAGACGGUGGACAGGAAAGACGGGCUGUUUGCUUCACCAGAAAAUGGAUUCUGGUGUUUAUUCCAUUACAAGGGUGGGUACAGUACAGGUUCAGGUAAAAGAUUGAACUUGAAGAAGAACCCAGAGAGGAUCCGAGUCCUGCUGGACUGUGGGAGAGGGGAGGUGUCCUUCUUCGACGCAGGAGGAAAUGAUCCCAUCUUAUCUUAUAGAGGCACAUUUUCUGAGAAGAUCUUCCCAUUCUUUAGUGUUUGGCCAGCAAGUGGAGCUCAAACCAGAGAUGUGAAAGUGUGUGUGUGUCUAAAGUGAUGGGAAUAUCAAAUGUCCCUCCAUGAGAGAAGAACUGAACACGGUUUAGCUGUGAGAUAUUGUAGAGUUGUUCACAGCACAACUAAUGUUUAAUGAGGAUAGCCAAUAUACUGUAAUAAAACAGCAUGUUUAAUGAGGACAGCCAAUAUAGUGUAAUAUAACAGCUUUAUCUGUAUCUUUGAGGAGGAACGGUUAGUCAAAGUCUACAUCUUUCAUUAUCCAAUCUAAAGUAAUACAUGGUCGUUCUGCACAAUCAAAUAAUUGACAUGGUUAAGGUCGGCUUCAUAGAACAAAAAAAUAGACAGAUAAAAAAGCAAAAAGGUGAAGGCAAAAUAUAUUACAAGUGACAAGGUGAGCGGGUUGAAGGUAUUCAAACGGAAUGGUCAGUUCAUCGGUCAUCAGUGUGACGGCCUUGGGUUGGCCAGAUGCGAUAUGCCCGGGGGUCAGGGGUCAUUAAGGGAUAACGUUUUAUUACUGACUGCCAACCACUCGCUUAUUUCAAUCAGUAUAAACCAUUGAUUAUUGUAAACAGAAUGCAACUUGAUAUGUUGACAAAAAAAAUUACUAAAUAUCGAAUGAAAUGUAAAAUAACCUAAUUCUAACAAUAGAAGACAUUUAAACUGUUUAUUAUAUAAUCUGUAUUGCAUGAUGUAUAAUGUAGUAUGCUUAGUGUUGGGAAAAUAUCAGUCUGUACACAUUCCUGUAUGCUGAAUAUGAUUCUGGAAAUAAUUGUUGCGAACAAAUAGGGGUUAGAAAAAUGAUGGUGAGUGUUUAUGAAUUGCUUGCCCUGCUUGUAUAUUACUGCAACAUAAACAUUAAAGUUGUUAACGUUCA